AAUUAGAGAGAGAUAAUCAAUUAAGAAGAACGACGCAAAAAGUUUUUACAAAUCUGGGGAGAAUAGAUUAAUGAAUUUCAGCGUAUGUUGCAUACAAAGCUAGAAAUUCUUCUCAAAUCUAUUCUCCCCAGCCCAAAAAUUUUAAGCCAUAAGUUCUAUCCAAUUCUAUAGGUUCUUCCCAAUUCUACAGGUUUUACCCAAUUUUUCUGCACCUUCAUACAAUUUUCAUUCUACCAAACAUUCUAAAUCAAUAAAUUUCCCCUUGUUUUAUUUUUCCCUACCUGAAUCUUCCACCAUGGCAAAGAGAGGGUUAGAGUAUAUGGAAUGGAAAUUGGGGUGGCUUAUUGAAUUGAAGUCAAGACUGUAAGAGGGUAAAAACAAAAAGGGGUCAUUUUUAUUGGUAAAUGUGACCAUAGCCAAAUAUAAUAAUGUUAUUGGUGGCAGUGCUUUGAAGCGGUAGUGUGUAACGUACUUAUGUUAUAUAAGCGUGUGUGUGGCGCUGAUGAAGAAAGAACACAACAACAAUAAUAGUGACUUAGAAAAGUAACAGCAACGAAGGCAACAGAAGCUGGUCAUUGCUGAAUUUUGCUGUGCCCUUUGUCUCCUCUCUUUUCUCUCACAUCUGCCUCACUUGUGGCCUCAUCAGAGACACAAACAAACACAAAAGCUUCAGAGGGUAACAAGCACCAUAAGCUUUGACACACACAUCACAAAGAGAGAAGAGAAAAUGGGAGGAGGAGGAGGAGGAGGAGGAGGGAGAAGAAGAGGGACUUCAAAGCUUAAAGAAGCUGCAAGGAAGGUGGCUUUCGUAGCAGCAUUUGCAUGUGGCUCAUUUUCAAAGAGAAAGGCUUUGGUGGAUCCAGUCUCCAUUGACACCUCUUGUAGUCUAUCAGCCACUGCAUCAAAUUCCUCUUGUGUGUCUCCAUCAAGAACAAAAAAUUCCUCAGGGGAGGUAAUUGAAGAAGCAUAUUCUGGUAUCACUACCAGCAUCAACAAUGAGCUACAUGGCAAGAAUUUGUGUGCAAUAUGUUUAGAUCCUCUGAGUUACCACAGCAAGGGAAGCAGUCCAGGCCAAGCUAUAUUCACUGCUCAGUGUUCUCAUGCAUUCCACUUUGCCUGCAUCUCUUCCAAUGUCCGCCAUGGUAGUGUCACUUGCCCCAUUUGCCGCGCCCACUGGACCCAGCUCCCUCGCAACCUAAGCAGCAACCAUAGCGGCUCUUUCACUUCUAGUAACCAAAGUGAUCCCAUUCUGCGAAUCCUUGAUGAUUCUAUUGCCACCUUCCGUGUUCAUCGCCGUUCUCUCCUGCGCUCUGCACGCUACGAUGAUGAUGACCCUGUUGAACCUGAUGACACACCAGACAGUCCCAAGCUGUGUUUCUCUCUGAUGCCUAUUCCACCAAAUGCACAGGCUAGUUACCAUCCAGCUUUGCAAGUGACUAAACAUGCCUCGUGUCCAUGCCAUCUAUCCCUCCAUCCCUUAACUUGCAGCUCCUCAUCAUUGCUACAAUCUCCACCAAUGCAAACACCAUAUAUCAUGUGCCCUUCCUCCAAUAGAGCUUAUCUUUCUGUGAAACUCACCCACGAACGAGCCACUGACUUGGUCUUGGUCGCUAGUCCAAAUGGACCACACCUGAGACUUCUCAAACAAGCAAUGACUCUUGUGGUUUUCUCACUCAAACAAACCGAUCGGUUAGCCAUUGUUACAUACUCCUCAGCUGCGGCUCGCAUCUUCCCCUUAAAACGCAUGACAUCAUAUGGAAAGCGCACCGCCCUUCAAGUCAUUGACCGGUUGUUCUACAUGGGGCAAGCCGAUCCAGUUGAAGGGUUGAAGAAAGGCAUCAAGAUACUUGAAGACCGGGUGCACCAGAACCCGGAAUGCUGCAUCCUGCACUUAUCAGAUAAUCCUACAAGACCAUACCAUGCCGUGAGCAUGGAGCUUCCAUCCACACCAAUUCAUAGAUUUCAUGUGGGGUUUGGCUUUGGUACUUCUAGUGGGUUUGUGAUACAAGAGUUUGAGGAGUUCUUGGCCAAGAUGUUAGGUGGCAUUGUGCGCGAAAUCCAGCUGAGAAUAUGUGGAGCUGGAGAGGAAGUUGGCAGUGGGAGAGUCAUAAGAAUAGGAGAGGUAAGAGGUGGAGAAGAAAGAAGGAUUCUACUAGACCUUGGUGACUGCACUCAUGUGUAUGUGGAAUAUAGCUACAUUGAAGGUGAAAUUGAUGAGUGUGUUAGGAGGACAGGGGAAACUGUUGUAGGUGUUGGAGAACAUAAAGGUGAUGAUGUUUCAGAAGGUGAGGAAACAGUGAGGGAUAUGAACACAGGUGGUGGUGGUAGGAGUAGCAGUGUUGAAAACUGGGAUUUUCAUGACCCUUACAUGGCCAGAAGAUGGGCCAAGCAUUUGCAUGGUUAUAGACUUUGAAAUUGCAGCUAUUGUUUUAUAUAGACAAAUGCAUUGCUGUGAGGCUAUUUUGUUCUAGGCCUUCCUUACUGUCUUCAAUUUUUGGCUACAUCUGUAAUGGUAUAGAACUUGAAAAGACACAAGAUUAUUCCUUCACACACUACCAAAAAGAAAAAUUGAAAGAGUAUGAUGCAUAUUUACACAUCAGACAACUUCCUACAGUGAUAAUUUUUGGAUUGAAA